AUGCCUGCAGAUUCUAUAGCACCACCGUCGUUUAUUUCGGUCGGCAAUGCACGUGGCAAUGCGAGCGCUUGUUCGGUGCAUUGCACCCCAGACGAGAUGGUCGGCAAAGAGGGAUACGCGCUUCCCCAUCUCAACAAGCGCAUAGUCCUGAAUCAUAAAGGAUUUCAGGUAUUACAGUUUGUGGUUGGACUUGCUCUUACAUCACUGAUCAUGUACUCGUCGUCAUCGCGUAGAAGAGGAGGAGUUUGACUGAGUCGUGUCUAUCGUACGAUGUCUGCAGGAUGUCUGCAGGCUUUCCGCAGACGGCAGGAUCAGAGUCUCAACGCCAGCAUCCGAAUCCCUGAUAAAUACUCUUCAAAACACUCUUAACCACCAGGAACCUCCCGCAGAACUCGACCGCUACAUCAACCUUGGCCAUUUGGAUUUGAGCUUCAAUGGUAUGGCACGCAUACGCAACCUAGGUCGACUCUCGCACCUUGUCUCGCUGCAGCUGCAAUCGAAUACCCUCACACGAAUUGAAGGCUUGGAGUACAAUCUGAAGCUGCAGCAGCUAAACCUGAGCUACAAUCAGAUCCGAGUGCUGGAACUGUUAUGAUGUACACCUUCAAACCACUUCUCGCGGUUCAAACCACUUGCCGUGCUAAGCGGGGUCGCUUGGGUCGGUGUCCCAAUCUCGCGGUACGAAUGGCCUGAAUGAAUUAAUCACAGUAUCUUGUCCAUGUUGAUCACCAAGAACAUGAAUCAAUUAGAGAUCAUAAUUGGAACUUCUGCUUCAUCACAAUGUAGUAGUUCUUGACUUGGCCUCUAACACUCGGCACUCUACGGCAUCUGACUCAACUCCGAAACCUCAACCUGAGUCACAACCAGCUUUCGUGUUUCCCGACAGAAGCACAACUCGAAGGCCGUCUAGGUGAGGCAGUGUCGACAGGAGGUGGCAAUGCGUUGGAUUCGAUCCUUGAGGAAGAGGAAGAGGAACUUGAAGUUCUAGCCUCAGCUGAGGAGAAAAUAACACCUGGUGCAACACGCUACAACAUUACAUCAAACGACGAUGAUCUUGACGAUGACAACAAGAAUGAUGUUAAUCUUGAUAAGGACGACGACAAAGCGGAAGGUGAUCACAGUAGUUCCGGAGGUGGCGAAGAUUCUAAUACGGAUUCGAUUUCCAAUAUGCGUGGCGACACCUCAGGAGGCGGCGGUCUUUCCGGCAACACGCGGAGUACUUCCGCUACUUCUCUGGCUGCCGGUCGCCGAACCCGAACUGCUGUUGCAGCGGAUAUGGCCAAGGAAUUGCUGUCUUUGCCCAGUCUCACAAACCUCGACAUCUCCUGGAAUCAAUUUGCGGAUUUUUCUGUUCCAGAUGCGACAAACUUCUUCAAGAAGUUCAAGACCUUGGAAGUCUUGUACUUCCACAGGAAUCCUGGUCUCCGACACUUGACGAAUUAUCGCAGACACAUGCUCGUGGAACUGCCAAAACUGAAAUAUCUGGAUGAAGCGCCGGUAUUGAUUCAUAGUGUAUUAGAUUGGUGUUAGUUAUGGACCUAAUAAAGAUUAACUAAUCCACUAUCGUCUAGAAUAACUGCAUCAUAUUUAGCAGGGGAGGUUCCUUCGGGUUGAUGAUGGACUUCUUGGUAUCAAUUUUGAGCGUUGAAACUUGCUUUCGUUUCUUUUCAAUUUCAAGGACCUCUAACUCUAUCUCUAUCUCUAUCUCUAUCUUCGCUUCCACCUCCACGGUAAUCAUAAUUUUGCUUGAUCUCCUCCUCCUCCUCACAAGGUCUUCAGCCGGGAAAGGGAGUUCGCGAGAGCUUAUAUUGAAGAUGGUGGUGCAGAAGGAGAGCGAAAAGCUAGGGAAAAGUAUAAGCAGUCGUUGAAGGAUGCUAAGCCGACUGAGGACUGGGAAGAGCGGAAGCAUUGGGUCUCCAAGCAAAGAGAACUCGCUUUGGCUCGGAUACGGAAAGUUAAGGGUUGACAGCUCAAGCUCUUUUGAGGUAGAAUCCAAUCUUUAUACAAGUGAAGGUGGUAAUGCCUUAUAAAUUCAUCUUUUGAAGUAGAAUCCAAUCUUUAUACAAGUGAAGGUGGUAAUUCCUUAUGAUUUCAGAUGAACGUGUUGAUGGCAAUAGAAGUUGUACGAAGAUUCACAAAGUCUAUUUAGAAGAAGUCCACGAAGACUGAACAUGACGCGUGUUGGAAAUUCUAAUGCCCAAGAGGACAAAAAGAACGAGCGUCACGCGCAGUACUAUGAAUACCUCAAACGGCAAGAACAACGGGAGCAACAUUUCCGAGAGACAGUGCAAAACGAAUGGGACUCUUUUCGACCGCUCACAGAGGAAGAGGUCCGAGAUGGCAGCGAUGGCGCAGGAGCUUCGGGCGUUAAGGCUUUCUUUCGUAAUCUUAAUCUUCUAAGUCAAUUUAUUUUGACUGUCUUUAAUAAGUAAGGGGUACGUGUAGAACGUCAACGGAGGACUGCUACUGAAGAAGUUGCUUGUGGUCAAGAAAAAGAUGAAUCAUCCAUUUUAAGUAAGUAGCUAGAUGAUGCGAGCUCUAACUCUUGCUCCACCAAGACGAGUCAAACAUCGAAGGGGCAGAUAGAUGCAGAGGAAAGCGAGCAAUGUGCGGAUGCUGAGGAACUGAGAAGACGGGCUACUUAUUCCUGCCUCGACGCUCCUAGUUUGAACCCUGAAGUUGGGGAACGGGAUGACUUUGAAUCCCGAGUUACGCAGUACUUAAUCGAGAAUCCUGUGGGUAAGGAGGAAGAGCAGGUGGCUGAAAAAGUUGUGGCGUCUUCGUCUACGACUACCUCAACGUACUCUUCGACUAUUCCCUCUACGAAAACGAACAAUAUGAUCUCUUGUUCUAUGUUGAUCAGAGAAGAAGAUGAAGAUUCUCGACGAGGGAGCGAUGAGAACGGGCAAAAAGCUUUUUCUAGUGGCGCUCCGGACGCCAAAGUUUCUGCUAGUGAUGGUGCUCAGAAGUUCUUACCACCCGAUAGGCGUAAGACGAUAGAAGAUGUUCCUGGAGUCUAUAUCGGACCAAAAACUGGUACCAAUACCGCAGAAACUACCAGCACUAAGACUCUGAAAAUGAAUGAACUGGAUGAGUUGGACUGAAUACUUGCUUUUAUCCGGAGUUCGACUUUAAUUAUCAAUCUAAGAUUGUUUUGAUGUUAAUUCCUACGCAACGCCAACGGACAAGGAAAGCAACAUGAGCAUGCGCAAUCCGAAUAUUGACAGUUGUUUUGAACAGUGGAAAUUGACGUAGCGAACCUAAGGCAAAAUCAUAUAAGUCACACCAGACC